GCGGAAGUGAAAAACUUUAAUUAAAAAUGAGACAAAUAAUUACAGCAUAUAAGAUACUAUUGUAAUAAAUACAAGUAAUCAUUGGUUUAUUAAAAAACAUGCAUUUUCCUCUUACAGUUCACCUAUAUUUAGCGUUGGGAAAUGGCGACGCUGUGCGUGUGUAGUGCCCGCAGAGGACGCGCUAACUGAGAGGAGAAAGAGGCGUCAUUCGCCCAUAGCAGCGCUUCAAGGGAAGGAAAAUGAGCGAAGCCAAUCCGCCUAAAGUGGAACUUUUUGUUAAGGCUGGGAGUGAUGGGCAGAGCAUCGGCAACUGUCCCUUCUCUCAGCGUCUCUUCAUGGUGUUGUGGCUAAAAGGAGUCACGUUUGACGUUACUACAGUGGACAUGAAGAGGAAACCCUACAUCCUAAACGACUUGGCUCCGGGUGCCCAGCCUCCUUUCCUGUUGUACGGCAGCGAGGUGAAAACUGACACCAACAAGAUUGAGGAAUUCCUGGAGGACAACCUCUGCCCGCCCAAGUAUCCCCGUCUGGCCGCGCGGAACCCUGAGUCGAACACAGCAGGCAUGGAUGUCUUCUCCAAGUUCUCGGCUUACAUCAAGAACUCCAACCCUCAGACCAAUGAAAAUUUAGAGAAAGGCCUUCUGAAGGCCCUGAAGAAGCUUGACGACUACCUCGGUUCCCCACUUCCUGACGAAAUUGAUGAAAAUAGCGCCGAAGAAGUCACUUCCUCAUCUCGCCCCUUCCUCGACGGCCACGAGCUUACUCUGACUGACUGCAACCUGCUUCCAAAGCUCCACAUUGUGAAGGUGGUGUGUUUAAAGUACCGAAACUUCAGCAUCCCUCAGUCUCUGACCAACCUGUGGAGGUACCUGAACGCAGCGUACGCCCGGGACGAGUUUGCCUCCACCUGUCCGAUCGAUGACGAGAUCCACAUCGCUUAUUCUUCUGUCGCCAAAGCUCUCAAGUAGGAGUCGGAAAGCACCGUAUAGCAGAGCUGUGUACAAGUGUACAAGUGUACAAAACUAGUAAAACAACAAAUUUAUAUAAUCCAAGUUAUUACAAUUGCUUUGCCAUGUCAAACUAAGCUUACAGAUGGUUGUUAUUUGUUACUUAGUUGUGUUAGGUAUAGCAAAGAAGCACAUGCAGCAAAAGUACUAAGGCAAUCAUGGAUCAAUCCAUCAGGGGUUAUUAGCUUGCAUUUCCUGAGAAAGUUAUUUAUUUCUUCUAGUUUCAAUUUUUCUUGCUGUUACAAUACUUUAUGAAAUUGUUCGCAUUUAUUCGCACAAAUAUUCACGUUGGCGCUCUUGCUUUAUAGUUGUUCCAUUUUUUUAAAGUUGUGCCAACAUUGCUUUCUUUCUCCACAAUAUUUCAGUCCCUCUGGGCAGAAAUGUUGCUGGCUCGUACGGGAUCAAAUACUUAUAUCCCCUAUUGUGCAUGCAUUGAGAACCCUAUACCAGGGGUGUCCAAACCUUUUCCAUUGAACAGCCGCACACUGAAAAAAUUCAAGCUUGCUGGGACCAUUUUGAUAUUUUUCGUUUUCAAAAUAAAUAAAAUAUGUAGAUUUUUUUUUUAACCUUUAGAGCGCCCCUCAAUUUCGACCUCGGGGACUCGCAGGGGGUGUCAUAAAACAUCUUAAAAAUUAAGUCUUUUUUUUAUUUUAUGUUUUUUAUUAUUUAUUCAAUCCUUAAAUCUUGAUCAA